CGCCUUGCUGUGUUUUGUGUUCAGGCAAAGAGCAGGAGGCAAGACGUGAACUCGACGGAGGACAAUAACUUUGAAGAAAAUAAUUUCACUGCUGUAAAAAUCAUGUGGUUUAAACUCGCUGUAGUCGCGCUGGUGUUUCUAAGCGCCAGUUGUUCUGCCAAACAAUCUGACCCAAAGGUGCAGGUGUAUAGCCGCAACCCUGGAGAGUAUGGGAAACCAAACGUGCUGAUCUGCUAUGUCAGUGGCUUUCACCCCCCUGACAUCGUAAUCAAGCUCCUCAAGAAUGGGGUGGAGAUCCCACACAGCACACAGACCGACCUGGCCUUCGAACAGGGCUGGCAGUUCCACCUGACAAAAUAUGUUGACUUCACACCCCAGCAUGGAGAGACGUACACCUGCGAAGUCAGUCACAUGAAGAAUACCCCAAAGUCCUUCACGUGGGAGCCUGACAUGUGAACAUACAGCAAUUCCUGAAAACAGCAGUUCAUCCCCGCUCCCAUUUUAUCCAAAACUUAAACUUAAGCAUCUGCUUUGAAUUCAUCAUGUAAUUUUGGGGAUAUCCAAUCCUGCUCCAGGAGGGCCAGCAUUAGCUCCAAACUCAGACCUGCUGGGGAGUUUCUAGUAAGACCUCGAUUAGAUGGUUCAGGUGUGUUUAAUUGCAGGAUAGGAGCAGGAUUGGACACCCCUGAUAUAAUUUCUCAGCUUCACUGUUUAGGACGGGGUGUCUGAUCCUGUUUUUGGAAGGCCAGCUUCCUGCAGAACUCCAACACUAAUUAAACACACCUGAACCAGGAUUGGACACCCCUGCUUUAGGAUAUGCUGCCUGUGCUGAUUAGAUUAGAUGACAAUAUGUUUUCCUAUCUAUAUUAAUUUCUUUUGAUGUGAAGAUUUUCUUUGAUUGACAUAUUUAGUAGGGUGACUGAUGUCUGUAAACAUCCAUAUGCUUGCAUUAUACUGUAUAUCCUUCACAGCAAUAUCCUAUAAGGGUGUGGAAUUUCUUGCCUUAAUUUAAUUUUCACAACAUGAGCACUUGUACAACUAAAUUCCUUUUGUUUUGAAAUGUAAUUAAUUUGAAGAAGUGACUUCUUAAUUUUAGUGACAUAAUUCUUACAGUCACUUUUUUUAAAAACAUGUUUCUAAAGAAAGCUUUUGGGGAAAAAACAAAUCGUAUUUUCCCAUAAAUAAAUCAGAGAUUCAUGAUAAAAUCAGUGACAAAUGAGUAAAAAUGUGAAAGCCUUAGAAAUGGAAGCUAAGUUUCUGUCCAUGAUGUAUGAAAAUUUUACUGUAUAAUUCAUAAUGUUUUGUUAAUCAGAUCAAUAAAAUAUAUUUUUUUUCCUCCUUAA